GUGACGUCACCUCCCCUCUCACCCGGCGUCCAUCGAAGCCGCCCGUUCCAGACGCUUCUGCGUGAAGUGGUUAAAUCCGCAGCCAUCCGUGCACGUGGACACUUGUAAGGUGGCCUUGGACGGCUGCAGCAAGAUGUCGCAAAUGGGCACGUUGGCUUUCGAUGAGUAUGGACGACCGUUCAUCAUCAUUAAAGAUCAGGACCGAAAGUCGAGACUCAGCGGCCUGGAUGCAUUGAAGUCGCACAUUAUGGCAGCCAAGUCUGUGGCAAGCACUCUCCGGACAUCGCUUGGACCCAAAGGGCUGGACAAGAUGAUUGUGAGCCAGGAUGGCGAUAUCACGGUGACAAAUGAUGGUGCCACUAUCCUGGGAAUGAUGGACGUGGAACACCAGGUGGCCAAGUUGAUGGUGGAGUUGUCACGCUCCCAGGAUGAUGAGAUCGGAGAUGGCACCACUGGUGUUGUGGUGCUUGCAGGCGCAUUGCUCGAGCAGGCCGAGCAGCUCCUGGACCGAGGAAUUCACCCCAUCCGCAUCUCCGACGGUUACGAGCAAGCGGCGCGCGUGGCCAUUGCUCACCUCGACUCCAUUGCCGAGUCGUACCCCGUGGACCCAGCCAACACCGAGUCCCUCGUGCUCACGGCAAUGACUACGUUGGGCUCCAAGAUUGUGAACCGCUGCCAGCGAAUGAUGGCCGAAAUUGCCGUGAAUGCGGUCCUGUCCGUGGCCGAUCUGGAGCGCAAAGACGUCGACUUCGAACUCAUCAAGGUGGAGGGCAAAGUGGGCGGACGGCUCGACGACACAGCGCUCAUCAAGGGCGUCGUCGUAGACAAGGACUUCAGCCACCCACAGAUGCCCAAGGAGGUGAUUAAUGCCAAGAUCGCCAUUCUUACAUGCCCGUUCGAACCACCAAAGCCCAAGACAAAGCACAAGCUGGAUGUGACAUGUGUCGAGGACUACAAGGCUCUGCUGCAGUAUGAGAAGGAGAAGUUUGCUGAAAUGGUCCGCCAGGUGAAGGAAACUGGAGCGAACCUAGCCAUCUGCCAGUGGGGAUUCGAUGAUGAGGCCAACCACUUGCUUCUGCAGAACGAGCUGCCAGCUGUGCGUUGGGUUGGAGGACACGAGAUUGAGCUGAUCGCCAUCGCGACGGGCGGUCGCAUCGUCCCUCGUUUCUCGGAGCUGACGGCCGACAAACUGGGCCACGCCGGCAUCGUGCGGGAACUGUCCUUUGGCACCACCAAGGAUCACAUGCUGGUCAUCGAGCAGUGCCACAACUCCCGUGCAGUAACCAUCUUCAUCCGCGGAGGCAACAAGAUGAUCAUUGAAGAGGCCAAGCGCUCCAUCCACGAUGCUCUGUGCGUGAUCCGCAACCUGGUGCGAGACAACCGCGUUGUGUACGGAGGCGGAGCUGCUGAAAUCAGCUGCUCAUUAGCCGUUUCGGAAGCUGCGGACAAGUGUGCGACCUUGGAGCAGUACGCGAUGCGUGCGUUCGCCGAUGCGCUGGAGGUGAUUCCCAUGGCGCUGGCCGAGAACAGUGGCCUCAACUCCAUUGGGGCUCUCGCAGAGGUGCGGUCUCGCCAGCUGGCUGAGAAGAAACCCUACCUGGGCAUCAACUGCAUGCAGUCAUCUUCCAAGGGUGACAUGAAGGAACAGCAUGUUAUAGAGACGCUGAUUGGUAAAAAACAACAGAUCUCUCUUGCAACGCAGAUGGUCAAAAUGAUUCUCAAGAUCGAUGACAUUCGAAGCCCUGGCGAGAACAUCGAUUACUAAAAUAUCCACAGGCACCUGCCUCAGCUGAGCCCCCCCCCCCCCCCUCUUUGGUCGAUGCUUUUCAGACAUCCACAGCACGAUGUCUACUUGUGGUCCCGUGAUGAUAUAACAACGCUCACAAAUUGUACUGCUCUUGCAUGUCACCAACAUUAAAUUGCUUAACGUGUUGAUAAACAUUUCUUGACGCUUAUAAUUUUGUACUUGUGUUUCUUAAUUUCUGUGGUGUGAGAACAUGCACAUACACGUUUGUACCAAGAUUUUAUGAUGCAUGUCUGAAGGAUAUUUUUUUGUAAGAGCAGCAGCCUACAUUUACUUAAUACAAAGUCAAAUGUAGUUUUGGAAGCAAGGCUGAGGCACUGAUGUUUAAAACUAAAUACACCUUAUUUGUGUCA